CACACACACACACACCCCUGCUCUCAACACACAUACACCCUGGGCUGAGCUGUUCACGCUGGCUGCAGCCGUGGGCCCCUGCUCACCGUGCUGCUGCCGCUGCCUGCGAAAUGACGGCGGUUCCCCUCACUUCCAGGAAUCCACGCUUCCUGGAAGGUGAGUGGCUGGGCUCACCCCUGCCUGCCACCGAGACGCAGACAUGCACACACCACCCGCACUCCCUCGCCGUUUCCAAGGCGGCGGCCGCGUUCGCACCCCAGGGUCUCACCGGCAAGGGAAGGAUAAUGAAGGACGACAGCAUCAAAGAGCCUCUGGAAUUACUGCUGGACAGGGAUCCCUCAGGAGGGUGUGUUCCGGAUUUCUUGCCUCAGGCCCAAGACUCCAACCAUUUUAUAAUGGAAUCUUUAUUUUGUGAAAGUAGCGGGGACUCAUCUUUGGAGAAGGAGUUCCUUGGGGCCCCAGUGGGGCCCUCGGUGAGCACCCCGAACAGCCAGCACUCUUCACCCAGCCGCUCACUCAGUGCCAACUCCAUCAAGGUGGAGAUGUACAGCGAUGAGGAGUCGAGCAGAUUGCUGGGCCCAGAUGAGCGGCUCCUGGAUAAAGAUGACAGUGUGAUUGUGGAGGACUCGUUAUCAGAGCCUUUGGGCUACUGUGAUGGGAGCGGUCCAGAGCCACACUCCCCAGGUGGCAUCCGGCUGCCCAAUGGCAAGCUCAAGUGUGAUGUCUGUGGCAUGGUUUGUAUCGGGCCCAAUGUACUCAUGGUGCACAAGCGCAGCCACACUGGUGAGAGGCCCUUCCACUGCAACCAGUGCGGUGCCUCCUUCACCCAGAAGGGGAACCUGCUGCGCCACAUCAAGCUUCACUCUGGGGAAAAGCCCUUCAAAUGUCCCUUCUGCAACUAUGCCUGCCGCCGGCGUGAUGCACUCACUGGCCACCUCCGCACACACUCAGUCUCCUCCCCCACAGUGGGCAAGCCCUAUAAGUGCAACUACUGUGGCCGGAGCUACAAGCAGCAGAGUACCCUGGAGGAACACAAGGAGCGGUGCCACAACUACCUGCAGAGUCUCAGCACUGAAGCCCAAGCUUUGGCUGGCCAGCCAGGAGAUGAAAUCCGGGACCUGGAGAUGGUGCCAGACUCCAUGCUGCACUCCUCAUCUGAGAGGCCAACUUUCAUUGAUCGGUUGGCCAACAGCCUCACCAAACGCAAGCGUUCCACCCCGCAGAAGUUUGUAGGUGAAAAACAGAUGCGCUUUAGCCUCUCAGACCUCCCCUAUGAUGUGAACUCCAGUGGCUAUGAAAAGGAUGUGGAGUUGGUGGCACACCAUGGCCUGGAGCCUGGCUUUGGAGGUUCUCUAGCCUUUGUGGGUGCAGAACAUCUGCGUCCCCUCCGCCUUCCCCCCACCAACUGCAUCUCAGAACUCACACCUGUCAUCAGCUCUGUGUACACCCAGAUGCAGCCCCUCCCCAGUCGACUGGAGCUUCCAGGGUCCCGAGAAGCAGGUGAGGGAUCUGAGGACCUGGGUGAUGGAGGUCCCCUCCUCUAUCGGGCCCGAGGCCCCCUGACUGACCCCGGGGCAUCCCCCAGCAAUGGCUGCCACGAUUCCACAGAUACAGAGAGCAACCACGAAGACCGCAUUGGGGGGGUGGUAUCCCUUCCUCAGGGUCCCCCACCCCAGCCACCUACCACCAUUGUGGUGGGCCGGCACAGUCCUGCCUAUGCCAAAGAGGACCCCAAGCCACAAGAGGGGUUAUUGCGGGGCACCCCAGGCCCUUCCAAGGAAGUGCUUCGGGUGGUGGGUGAGAGUGGUGAGCCCGUGAAGGCCUUUAAGUGUGAACACUGCCGCAUCCUCUUCCUGGACCACGUCAUGUUCACCAUCCACAUGGGCUGCCAUGGCUUCAGAGACCCUUUUGAGUGUAACAUCUGUGGUUACCACAGCCAAGACCGGUACGAAUUCUCUUCCCACAUUGUCCGGGGGGAGCAUAAGGUGGGCUAGCAGCCUUUCUCUGCCCUCAGUCCAUCAUUCCACUGCCCCACCUACUGGUGUCUAGCUCAUCCCCACUACACCUAAGGAAUUUUACACUGUAGCCCCACCACUGGCCACAUGACUUCACACCUGACUCUGACCUUCCUCACCUCUCCUUCUACCCUGACCGAUUCAAGCAUUGUGAUGAAACAUGUCUUUUACUUGUUUCUCCUUUUUCUAAAUUCCUUCUCUCAUCCCGGCAUAUUUGCUAUUUAUUAAUGAUUUCUAUUUUGCCUUUAAAAAAAAAAAAAGAAACAACUUAUGGCAGUCUCUUGCCACUCCUUCACCCUCCUGCCCACAGCUCCCUUCUACUCGAAACCUAAUUUUUCCUUGUGGAUCCAGCAUCCUCCAGCAGCCCCAGGGGUUGGAAGCUCCUCUUCAUACUAAGAGACUUUGAGCUUCUUGCUUUAAUCUUCACCCUUAUUUAUCCGAUUCUUCACUUUUGAUGCUGAUACCUCCCAAUGGCCCUACUUAGCUCUGUGGCAUUAUUAUCUCCUCUCUGGGACCCUUCAACCUGGUACUCCAUACCUCUCGUGCCCUCUCACUUUAGGCAGCUUGCACUAUUCUUAAAUGAAUGAAGAAUUUCCUCAUUCGGAAGUAGGAGGGGCUGGAGAAAUUCUCCCCAGGCACUGUGGACUGAGGGUCUUUUUCUUACCUCCCUUGGGAAUAUGAGCUCUCUAAAACCUACCUUCAGGAUCUCCCUCCAGGAUGUGAUAUAGCUCUUCCCUUUCCCUGGCCUACCCCUCAACACCACUCUGGUCUUUUCAGCCUGCCACUCCACUCAGUGGUGGCUCUUCUCUCCUUGGAAUGCCCCCAUUUUAUAUUCUCAGGGGCCAACACUAGGUCUGCAACCCUCUGUGUCUGACACAAUGGGAACUGUCGGUGCCUAGUUGGGAACCAGGGCAUGAGAAAGGGGAUGACUCCAAAUCUCUCCUCCACCUCUCAGAUGUCUUCACUCUAGUGACCUUCCUAGGCUCUCAGGGACUCCUUCAGUCCCCGUCCCAUGAGAAACUGGUGGAUUGCUGCCCAAGACCAGGGGUCUCUCAGCCCCGUCACUCAUGCUGCCUUCUUCCUCUCCCUUCCAGCAGGACUCACCCUCUCAUCCCUGGCCUUCUGGGCCCUGUUAUCAUCAGUGGCAGGGAGAAAAGGGUGUCUCUUUUCUCUCCUAACUUUCAGUAUAACCAAAAAUUGCCCCAGGAUGAACAAGGACAUGUAUGUGCCCGUCACCCAUUCUGUCCUUGUUCCAGCAAGAAUGGGAUGGACUUGGCUGGGAGUCAUCCUUCACUGCCCUUCUACACUUGGCUCCCAGACACAGGGCAGGAGGGACACUUCCCUGGCGGCUGCAGAGACCCCUGGCUAUUUGGAUAACUGAGGAUUCAUGAGAACAGGCAGGAGGAGGCAUAGCUCCACUGCAAGUGGAGGUCUCUUUCUACAAAGAAUUCCCUGCCAAAGCCACAGCCAUCCCACUCUGCUUCCUUAAGAUUCAAACCAAAGGCUGUUUUUCUAUGUUUAAAGAAAAGAAGAAAAAAAAAAGAAUAAAGAAAAAAAAACAAACACAACACCUCACAAGUUAUAACUCUUGGUCCUUCUCUCUCCUUUUCUCUUACUUUCCCUUCCAUCUUUCUUUCCACAUGUUCUUUCCUUAUUGGCUCUUUUGCCUCUCCUACUUUUCUCACUCCCUAUCAGGGAUAUUGAGGGGGAUGAUAAAGAGUGAGCUAAGGACCAGAUCCUGGGACUGGGGCUCUUAAGGGUUCUGGGAAGAGUCUGUCACAGGAAGGGAAAACAAUCCUCUUGUUCCUCCUUUUCAUCCUAUAUUAUGUGAUUUCCCCAAAGAACCAGAUUAGCAGGGAGAAGCCUGAUGAACAGUUCUUCCUCCUCGACAAUGUAGCAAUAAACAGGUGCUGCCAAGGGCAGAGGAUGGGGAGUCUGCUCCAGAAGGAGUGGUCCCUAGAGAAGGGAAGGUCCUCUCUACAGCACCGGUACUAGCUCCUUGUUCAGGAUGGCAGCAGAGCUGAGGUUAGUGUCUGGGUUCUCCUGAACUAUUCUGGUUACUAAGCUCUUUCCCGUUAGACCUGUCCCUCCUACCUUCUCCGUGUCUGCUAUGUAUUUGGGGAUAACUCAUAAGGACCAGUCCCUUCUGGAGUAUCAGAGCCUCAGAGUGUUCCCAACCCCUCAUCCAGUCAGUCUUAGCACCUGUAACCUCCAGAACAUGAAGGAAUGUUCUAAGGCUAUUCUCUGUGCCCAUGAGGGCAGAGACUGGACAGGCAAGACCAGGUGCCAGGGAGGGGAGAGGGGGCAUCCUGUCUCUCUCCAGACCGUCACUGCACUUUAACCAGGGUCUUAGGUACAAAAAUCCUACUUUUCAGAGCCUUACAGCUCUGGAACCUCAAACAUCCUCAUGCCCUCUCCCAACUCCUUUUGCAUAAAAAAAAGUAAAGAAAAAAAAACACCAAAACCCACAUGGAGAAAAGAGGUAUUUUCUUUUUUAUUGCUGUUCAAAAUGGACAGAGAGAGAGAAAGAGAGAGAGAGAGGAAAUAUUUCUAAAUAGACACUUUUCCAGAUCUUUGUUUUGUGUGUGUGUGUGUCAGUGUCAAAGCUGCAGGUGGAAUUUUGUAAUACUUCUGGCAGCUGCUUUCCUUGUGUACAUAAUAUAUAUAAAUAUAUUUUUAAUCAGAAAUUAUGAAGAUCAAAAAUAAAAUAAAACACAGAAGCAAGUGCAAUACCACCUCUCUUCUCCCUCCCUCUACCCUAGGGUUUACUUUGUAGCCUGUUUGGUGUCUCUCUGGAUCUUUGCCCCCUCAUCUCCUCUUCUCUUCCUCUGGUCCCUCCCUUCCCCCAUCCCUUUUCUAAGGGUUUUUCUCCUUUCACAAGGGGAGUUAAACUAGCUUUUGAAACUUAUUGCAAAGCAUUUUGUAUAUGUAACAUAUUGUAAGUAAAUAUUUGUGUAAUGGAGAUAUACUACUGUAAGUUUUGUACUGUACUGGCUGAAGGUCUGUUAUAAAUAAACAUGAGUAAUUUAA